AUGGCCAUUGGCACAAGUUUCGUGAUCACGAAGAAGGGUUUACAACAUGCCAACAGGCAGCAUGGCUUUGAAGGAGAAGGCUUCUCAUACUUAAAGAGCCCGAUCUGGUGGGGAGGUGUUAUAACAUUGGCCAUUGGAGAAGUUGCCAACUUCGCCGCAUAUGCAUUUGCGCCCGCAAUUCUCGUUACGCCCCUCGGCGCACUCAGUGUGUUGAUCGGAGCGGUUCUAGGUUCCUAUUUCCUGAACGAGCGAUUGGGAACAUUGGGUAAACUGGGUUGUGCUAUGUGUCUACUCGGCUCGGUCGUCAUUGUCCUUCAUGCGCCCCCUGACAAGCCUGUGGAACGGAUCGAUGAAAUUCUGGCCUAUGCCGUGAAGCCAGGGUUCCUCCUCUACUGCCUAGCAGUUGCAAUCUUCUCCACGGUGAUGAUCUACCGGGUUGCCCCUGUUUACGGAAAAAAGAACCCUUUGAUCUUCAUCUCGAUUUGCUCGACUGUCGGCUCGAUCUCUGUGAUGUCUGUCAAGGCGUUUGGUAUCGCGGUGAAACUGACUCUUGGAGGCAACAAUCAAUUCGUCCACGCAUCUACCUACGUUUUCGCCAUCGUUACCGCCUUCUGCAUUCUCACUCAGAUGAAUUAUAUCAACAAGGCAUUGAACGCCUUCUCGACCUCGAUUGUCAACCCCCUCUACUAUGUGACGUUCACGACAGCUACGCUCUGCGCUUCUUUCAUUCUCUUCCAAGGUUUCAAUACCACCGAUGCAGUCAACACAAUCUCCUUGCUGUGUGGUUUCCUCAUCAUCUUCACGGGAGUGUACCUUCUCAACCUUUCGCGACAUGACCCAGACGGUCGGCAUUUGGUCAAUUCCAAAUUUGACGAUGAAGGCAUACCCACCGACGGGAUCUCCAGCUUCCAGACCCGGCGAUCGAUGCAAUCUCACCGAAGCUCAUCGAGCAUUGCCUUUAUGAACGGCCACGGCGAUCGGGAGGGUCUCAUCCACUCCUAUGACGUCGAGAACAACCAUGCGAUUGGCAUGGACGACCUAGCAGAAAGCGACGGGGAGCCUGGGCCAACCUACGCUCGCAAUGAGGAGCGCGAACGGACUGUCAUGCAUACGAAGCAAAACAGCCAGGUCUAG